ACACGAGCGCCAUCGAUUUCUUUCAAAGGAAGCACAAUUCUCGCGUCGCUCUCUCGAUUCAAUAGCAUCAAUUUUUGUUGAUUUGACGGUGAAAAAGGUGCUUUGGCGGCACAAAACAACAUGAGUGUGGAAGAUGAAGUGCUAAAGAUCCAGAAGAAACUGAGUAAAAUGAUCUCACCUGAUGGUACAGGGCAGGAGCAAGCGCUGGAUUUGCUAAAAGCCCUCCAGACCCUUAAUAUAGACUUGGACAUUCUGACCAAGACCCGAAUAGGAAUGACUGUAAAUGAGCUGAGGAAGAGUAGCAAGGAUGACGAGGUUAUUAGCCUAUCUAAGACGCUAAUAAAGAAUUGGAAGCGUUUCCUGGCCGUAACACCACAGAGUAAAGAAUCAUCCGGUAGCUCAUCCAAGAGCUCCUCCAAAUCCCCCAGCAACAGUGGCAAGAAGGAAAGUAAACGUGAGGAUAAAGAUAAAGAUCGUGGACGAGUACAGACAAGUUUUCCCACUUCUGGCAACACAAUGCCAGAUACCAUUCGCUUGAAAUGCCGCGAGAUGCUGGCAAAUGCCCUUAAAACCGACAAUGAUCCCGAAGUCAGUUCCACGGCAGACGAAUUGGCCGAAGAGCUGGAAGAUGCGAUUUACAGUGAAUUCAGAAAUACAGAUACACGAUACAAAAAUCGCAUUCGUUCGCGUGUGGCCAAUUUGAAGGAUCCCAAAAAUCCAACAUUGCGAACAAAUUUCCUGGGUGGAGCCAUAACGGCUGCCAAGCUAGCCAAAAUGACCCCCGAAGAGAUGGCCAGCGAUGAAAUGAAGAAACUACGUGAGCGCUUUGUCAAGGAAGCCAUCAAUGAUGCCCAAUUGGCCACUGUUCAGGGCACCAAAACCGAUCUCCUCAAGUGUGGCAAGUGCAAGAAGCGCAAUUGCACAUACAAUCAAAUUCAGACACGAAGUGCUGAUGAACCGAUGACUACAUUUGUCCUAUGCAACGAAUGUGGACAUCGCUGGAAAUUCUGCUAAGCUAUAUUCUCUCACAAGCGUUUCAUCUCGUUCCCAUGAAUUAUCCUGACCGAUAAACAUUGUAUUAUCGACUUAAGAAUUGAAUAAACAAAAUAGGAAUAGUUUGUGAGUGUAAAA